ACUCUCUUAUGGUUUGAGCACGUUUGUUUUGAGGUGAGCGCUCAUGCGCGUUUUAUAAAACAUUUUUAACCAAGUUAAAUAGAAAUCAACUUAAAUAGAAACUUUAUUACAAUGUCGCAGAAAAAAAGAGUACUUAUGGUUUGUUUAGGCAACAUAUGUCGUUCACCAAUAGCAGAAGCUGUAUUUGAAAAUGAAAUGAACAAAAGAGGUUUGAGAAAUCAAUGGGAGGUAGAUAGCGCCGCUAUUAUAGGAUACCAUACAGGUAAAAAGCCAGAUCAUAGAGCUUUAAGUACAUUAAAAGAAAACGGCGUUACUAAUUAUUCUCACCGAGCUCGUCAGAUAACACAAGAAGACUUUAAUAAAUUUGAUUGGAUAUUUGGUAUGGAUGAUGCAAACAUUCAAGAAUUAAAUGGAUUAAAGCCAAACGAAUGUAAGGCAAAAGUGGAGCUUUUAGGAAGCUACGAUCCAAGUGGAGAAAUUAUAAUACGAGAUCCGUAUUACGAUAGUGGGAGUGCCGGAUUCCAGAAGGCUUAUGAACAAUGUCUGAGAAGUAUAACAGUGUUUUUGAACAAACACACGAGUUAAUGCAAGAAAUAUAUACUUGAAUAUUAAUUUAUUACAAUGUAAUUAAUUUAGAUUUUAAAGUUCUUAUAAGGAUGGAUACAAUGUACA